UCAGAGACAACAAGUGAGCCAGGAAGCCUCGAUCCAAAGUCAAGGAACCCCAACCAAGCAAUCCCAACCAGGAAAAUCAGGAUAACCACCUGCAGAAUGCAUUGCCUGCUUCAACUGAGUCUGGCCGUGGCCCUUUGUGCCCUUUUGGUACCAUCCGCCACUUUGGCCGAACGCCGCCAUGAGUACCGCCUGGGAGCUCCGCGCUCCUCGGGAGACGCUCCUCUGGAGGGCCGCUUCACCUCGAUAGCCAACAAGCUGACCGCGCUGAAGGGCAGCACCUCGUCGACCACGACGUCACCCACCAGCACCACCACAUACAGCACCCCCUACACCGAUACCACCACCUACUCCCCAACCGCUCCCAUCACCUCCUACGGCACCUCGACCUCCACCACCACGCCCACCACCGUGAAGCGGUCCUUCGGCGCCUCCAACCUAGAGGAAGGCGACGACGAGGAGGAGGAGCUGGCGAGGUCCUACGAGGAGGAGGAUGACGACGAGGAGGCCGACAGCUCGAAUGCCGACGAUGACGACGACGAGGAGAGCUUCUUCGUGGACCCACCCGUGGUCGUCGGCGCAGAAGUGCAGCAGCCGGCGUCCGAGUCCAGUGGAUCGGUGGUGCGGCCCACCGAGCUGCAGUGGCGCCAGUUCCAGACGGAGCAGCGCAACCGCCGACGCAUCCAGCGGCUGCAGCGGGAGCACAACCAGCGGAUCAGGGCGCUCCUGCGCCGCCAGCGGAACGCCGAGAAGCGCAGCCAGCAGCGACUGCGCCGCCAGCGCGAGCAGAGCCGUCGCCGCACCACGCAGCGCCAGCGUCGCAACCGCAACCGCAACAGGGCCCAGCGCCAGCGGCAGAGGAAGAGCCAGAUGAGCCGUCGCCGUCGGCAGCAACAACAACGCCAGCGCAGGCAGCGCCAGCAGCAGCGCCGUCGCCUGAUGCGCCUGAUGCGCCGUCGUCGUCGCGGUGGCCGCAACUAA